AUGGGACAGGAAACUGGCAGGCAGAUUAAACCCCCAUGGGACACAGUGUUCCCCUGCGACAGGACACCACCAUCUGAAGGAGUGCAGAGGCGGAAGCAGGACGGGCAAAGAGGUGUGGACAGGAGCGGUAGAGCAAAGGCAGAAGAAGAGGAGUUCGUGUCAGAGGAGGGAGAGGAACAGGCCGAGGAGGGAGAGGAGCAGGCCGAGGAGGGAGAGGAGCAGGCCGAGGAGGGAGAGGAGCAGGCCGAGGAGGGAGAGGAACAGGCCGAGGAGGGAGAGGAACAGGCCGAGGAGGGAGAGGAGCAGGCCGAGGAGGGAGAGGAGCAGGCCGAGGAGGGAGAGGAGCAGGCCGAGGAGGGAGAGGAACAGGCCGAGGAGGGAGAGGAACAGGCCGAGGAGGGAGAGGAGCAGGCCGAGGAGGGAGAGGAGCAGGCCGAGGAGGGAGAGGAACAGGCCGAGGAGGGAGAGGAACAGGCCGAGGAGGGAGAGGAGCAGGCCGAGGAGGGAGAGGAGCAGGCCGAGGAGGGAGAGGAACAGGCCGAGGAGGGAGAGGAGCAGGCCGAGGAGGGAGAGGAGCAGGCCGAGGAGGGAGAGGAACAGGCCGAGGAGGGAGAGGAACAGGCCGAGGAGGGAGAGGAGCAGGCCGAGGAGGGAGAGGAACAGGCCGAGGAGGGAGAGGAACAGGCCGAGGAGGGAGAGGAGCAGGCCGAGGAGGGAGAGGAGCAGGCCGAGGAGGGACACACCCGGACUAUUGUGUUUCCAAUUGUUACUGUACUGUAG